GCCCCUCUCCUGAACGCUUGUUCUUCUCUCGGCCGCCCCCUUCCCCGUGCCGAGAUGGAGUUUGACUCGUACCAGCAUUACUUCUACGAUCACGACGCCCAGGAGGAUUUCCACCGCUCCACGGCGCCCAGCGAGGACAUCUGGAAGAAGUUCGAGCUGGUCCCCACGCCCCCGCUGUCCCCGCUGGGCACCCUCGGGGACAAGGGAUGCUGCUCGGGGGCCGAGGAGCGCCCGGGAUGGCUCUCCCGGUACUGCCUGGCCGGGGAAGAGCCGGAGUAUCUCAUAGGGACGGGGCAGAUCUUCGGCAACCUGAGCGCUUUCAUCCUCAAGGAUUGCAUGUGGAGCGGUUUUUCAGCGCGGGAGAGACUGGAGAAGGCGAUGACAGAGAAACUUUCCACGGGCACGCAGAGAGCCACCCCGCACAAACCAUCCUUCGCGCAGGAUUUUGGGUUCAGCAGCUCCGUCAGCGAGUGCGUGGAUCCCGCUGCCGUCUUCCUUUGCCCGCUGGCCGAGAGCAAGAUCCCCGCAUCGUCGGGAUCCGAGGGCCAGAGCGAUUCGGAAGGUGAAGAGAUCGACGUGGUGACGGUGGACAAGAGACAAUCUCUCAGCCUGAGGAAGCCGGUGACCAUCACGCUCCGUGCCGACCCCCUGGACCCCUGCAUGAAACGUUUCCACAUCUCCGUCCACCAGCAGCAGCACAACUACGCCGCCCGCUCGCCGCCGGACUCCUGCCCCCCGCCCGAGUCACCCCAGCAGGAGCAGGAGGAGGACGAGCCACCCAGCACUGUGGAACCAGCCCCUGCUGCCACCCUGCCUGAGCCUGGCUUGCCAAAACCCAGCAGCAACCCCGGCUCGGACAGCGAGGACGUGGCCAAGAGGAAAAAUCACAAUUACCUGGAGCGCAAGCGGCGCAACGACCUCCGCUCGCGCUUCCUGGCCCUGCGGGACCAGGUGCCCGGGCUCGCCAGCUGCCCCAAGACCCCCAAAGUGGUGAUCCUGAGCAAAUCCUCGGAGUACCUGCAGUCCCUCAUCAGUGCCGAGAGGAGGAUGGCAGCCGAGAAACGGCAGCUGCAGCUGCGCCAGACCCAGCUGCUCAAACGGAUUGCUCACCUAAAGGGGCACUAGCACCCGGUGUGCCCCCCAUCCUGCUCCCCACAACCCCCCAGCUCCUUCUCAAUUUGCACAUUUUGUUUUUUAUUUUUUGGUUGCUUGUUGAACUGUUGGCCUUGGGGCUGUAGAGCACGUGGCAGUGGCUGUGGGAAUGGAUCUGCAGAGUGACCCCACACAGCAUCACCUACCUGGGGUUGGCUUCCUGGCACUGUGUGUUCCAAAAUUUCCCUUGUCCCUGCUGUGAAGCUUCCUCAGUGACUGCUCCACUUCAAGAGCUCAGAUUUAUUCCCCCUCCCUGCCCCUGCACCCCUCUCUGCCAUUUGCCACCAACAGCAUUGCUGGGAGCUACCCCUGGGCAUCCACCUCACCCUAAAAAUCCCAAGCAACCACGUCUGCUUUGGCUCCUGGAAGCAGGCGGGCACAGAGCCCAGCACGGGGCUCACCUCUGGAUGGAUCCCACAGAGAUGGUGAGGGCAGGAUGUGCCUCUCACCAGGAUGAACAACACCCCGUGGGCAAUCCCCUUGCUCGGCUGGACCGUACCUCACUUCCUCGUCACUUCACGCAGUAGCUGGUCCUGGAUUUGAUGUUCUAGAAACUGCUGCUGUUAACUGCGAGUCUUAUACUGGAGGCUGUGUUUUUAUACUGUAUUUUUGUACCACUUUUUUGAGAAGUAUUGGUAAAGAGUUUGCUUUUUUUAUAUAUAUAUAAAUAUAUUAAAACUUUUUUUUUUUUUUUAAGGGGAAUUUCCUGCUGUGGGGGAGGGCUCAGUCCUGCUGCACUUUAGGGAGAUCAGGAAGGGGCUGGUUCCUGCUGGACCC